AUGAGGGCUGAAUCGUAUCAAGGGAUAGUUGAGAGUAUAACAUCUAAUGGUGUUAUUAGCGCAAAAUCUGUUGGUAAGCGUGUUCUUCUUCCUAAGACCUUUACAGGUGGCCCGCGUGAUCUACGUUGUCGUUACAUGAAUGCGUUGGCACUUGUCGCAAAAUUUGGACGCCCGGAUAUUUUUCUCACAAUGACUUGUAAUCCAAAGUGGGUGGAAAUUCAAAGUGAAUUAUUUCCUGUUGAGAAAAGUCAUAACAGAGAUGAUUUGUAUGCAAGAGUUUUUAGGGCCAAAAAUGAGGAACUAAAAAAGGAAAUUGUAAAAGACUCUUUGUUCGGGGUAGUUGCUGCUUAUUUUUAUGUGAUUGAAUUUCAAAAAAGAGGCCUUCCACAUGUUCAUUGGUUGAUAAUAUUGCAACCACGAUAUAAGGUAACUUCAACUGAGGCCUAUGAUCGAUUUGUAUCAGCUGAGAUUCCAGAUCUUGACCUGACUCCGCAUCUACAUUCUUGUGUUAUCAAUCAUAUGAUGCAUGGGCCAUGUGGUGAACUCAACCCAAAUAAUGCAUGCAUGAUAGGGGAAAAAUGCAAAAGUUAUUAUCCAAAAGAGUUUAAGUCAAACACUGAACAUCGGUUGGACUCAUACCCCGACUACAAGCGUAGAGAUGAUGGAAAAAAGGUUUUGGUGCGUGGCAAGUGGUUGGAUAACAGAUGGGUGGUCCCUUAUAAUGCUUAUUUGUUGGCAAAGUUUGAUUGCCAUAUUAACGUCCAGGUUUGUACAGAUGUUAGAUCAGUGAAGUAUCUUUACAAAUAUGUUUGUAAGGGUAAUGAUCAAAUAGCAUACAAUAUUGUUGAUGUUGAAUCUACUGAGCCAAUAGAUGAGAUUUCUGAUUUUCAAAAGUCACGGUGGCUUUGUGCUCCGGAAGCUAUGUGGCGAAUUUAUGGAUUUGAUAUUUUUGAUAUGUAUCCAUCAGUUUUGCAAUUACACGUUCAUUUGUCGGGGUAUCAGCAGGUUUUCUUCGCGGCCAACCAAUCUCUUCCGAAAAUUGUAGAUUCUGAUCGUGCUAACAGGACACAACUUACAGAGUUUUUUGAGAUGAAUAAAUUUGUUGAAGUUGCAGCACUAAAUUUAUUGUAUCGGGAAUUUGUUGAACAUUUUGUAUGGAGCUUACAAACUAGGAGGUGGACACCGCGCUCUAGGUUAGGGACAAUCGGUAGACUUGUCUCGGUCAAUAUUACAGAAGUGGAGCGUUUUUAUUUAAGGUUGUUGCUGAAUCAUGUUAGGGCUCCAACAUCUUUUGAAGAUUUGAGAACAUCAAAUGGCGUAUUGUUUUUGUCCUUUCGCGAGGCAGCUCUUGAUAGAGGCUUGUUGGAUUCUGACAACGAUGUUAGGCAUGCGAUUCAGGAAGCUGCAACUUAUCAAAUGCCAUCUGCUCUGCGAAAAUUAUUUGCGAUUAUACUUGUUUUUAAUUCUCCUUCUGAUCCCAAAAAUCUGUGGAUUGAAUUUAGAGAAGCUUUAUCUGUUGAUAUAAUACGGGAUUAUCUGUUAGACCAUGCAGAGGGUUAUCGGUUAUCUUUAAGGUCCAUUGAUUCUUUGUUGCAAAUGAUGGGUCAUGGGAUAGAUGAGUACUCUGUGGUUGAUUAUAUAGUUGGGUUGACUCGUGAAGAGAUAAAUAGUCGUGAGUUUGCAGCAGAAAUUAAUAUGCCGAUUGCAGAAUCUGAUUUAGCUUCGGUGGGUCGUUUUAAUGAAAGACAACGCUUUGCUUAUCUUGAGAUAAUGUCCAGUCUUGCUACACCAAUUGGGUCAGGCUUUUUCAUUGAUGGUCCUGAUGGCACUGGAAAGACAUUUUUAUAUAAGGCAAUCUUGGCCACUGUUCGUUCAACUGGUGACAUUGCUCUUGCAGUUGCUUCAUCUGGUGUUGCGGCUUCUUUGUUACCAAAUGGUCGAACAGCUCAUUCUAGAUUUAAAAUUCCGUUAAAUUUAGAUGAAUCUAUGUCAUGCUCGAUAAGCAAGAAUACUGCGACGGCAAAGUUAAUAAUUGCAGCCAAGCUAAUAUUGUGGGAUGAGGUAUCGAUGGCAAAUCGAAAGGCAGUUGAAGCAUUAAAUUUAUUGUUGCAAGAUUUGAUGGAAAACCAGUUAUUGUUUGGUGGCAAAACAGUUGUUCUUGGUGGAGAUUUUCGGCAAACUAUACCAAUUGUUCGAAGGGGUUCUCGUGAAGAGAUAGUGGAUGCUUGUUUGGUAUAUUCAUCCAUAUGGCUUCUUAUUCGAAAAAUUCAUUUGACACAGAAUAUGCGGGCAAUGGAGGAUCCUGUUUUUACAGAUUUGUUAUUGAGGGUUGGUGAAGGCAUAGAGCCAAAUGUUCGUGCUGAUUAUAUUAAUCUUCCUGAAGAUAUGUGCCUUUCUUACCAUGGUUCAGAUUCGCCUCUUGACACACUGGUCAAUGAAAUAUUUCCGUCGUUUGAUGCAUAUUCCAGCGGUUCUUCGAGCCUUAUAAAUACCGCUAUUUUAACUCCUAAAAAUGAAUGUAUGGGAGAAAUUAAUGAAUCAUUGAUUGGAAAAUUCCCAGGCAAUAUGGUUGAAUAUGUUAGCACGGAUUAUGCAAACGAUCCAAGCCAGCAACAAUACUAUCAAGAUUAUAUGAAUGCAAUUAGUGUUGGUUCAUUGCCACCACAUGUUCUUAAAUUAAAGGUUAACUGUCCAGUUAUGUUACUUCGCAACUUAAAUCCAUUGGAGGGGUUGUGUAAUGGAACACGUUUAAUUGUGCGUGAUCUUGGUAGGCACGUGAUCGGAGCCGUCAUUGCUGUAGGGACUCAUUCUGGUGAAUAUGUUUUAAUCUCAAGGAUUCCAUUGGAGUUGGAUGAUACACACAUAUGUCCAAUUACUUUUAAGAGGCUACAAUUUCCGCUAAGAUUGUGUUUUGCAAUCAGCAUCAACAAAUCUCAAGGACAAACAUUGGAUCGUGUCGGUGUUUAUUUGCCUCAUCCUGUUUUUUCACAUGGACAGCUAUAUGUUGCUUUAUCAAGGGUCAGAACAUCAAGUUCAAUAAAAUUCUUAAUUCGACCGCCAGUUGCUGAUAUGGAUUCAACAUGUGAAACAAGAAAUGUUGUGUACACUGAAAUUUUGCAUGCGGCGACAUGA